AUGUUCGAGCAGCGCUUGAAGGAUGCCAUCAAGAAGGCCGAGGAUUCCGCCGGCAAGCUCAUCCUCUUCAUCGACGAGAUGCACAUGAUUGUCGGUGCCGGCGAUCAGCGUGGCGGCACCGGCGACGCUGCCAACAUCCUCAAGCCCGCGUUGGCCCGUGGCCGCAUCCGUUGCAUAGGCGCCACCACAACCGAAGAGUACCGCAAAUACAUCCAGAGGGAUGCCGCGCUCGAGCGGCGCUUCCAAAGGGUUGACGUCGACGAGCCGACCGUCCAGGCAACCGUUGCCAUCCUGCAGGGGCUGAAGCAGCGGUACCAAGACCACCAUGGACUAAUAAUCAGCGACGACGCUUUGGUUGCUGCUGCGCAGCUCGCCGGCCGUUAUAUUACAGGUCGCCAAUUUCCUGAUAAAGCAAUUGAUCUGAUGGACGAGGCAUGCACUUCUGUGAAGUUGCAUCAACCAAAACAAAUUAUGGAGGAGCUAACCGUUGGUCCAUGUCAUAUUGCACAGGUUGUGAGCCGAUGGACUAAAAUUCCGAUCACUACACUUGGCCGAGAGGAAGAAAAGUUCAGCCACCUAGUAGACAGAUUGCAUGAGAGAGUCGUUGGACAGCAUGAAGCUAUUAAUUUGAUUGCGCAAGAAGUGCUACGUUCGAGGGUCGGCUUUGAUCAAUCUGGCCAACCAAUCGGUUCUUUUCUAUUUUUGGGGCCGACUGGUGUUGGGAAGACAGAGCUUGCGAAAGCACUUGCCGAGAAGCUGUUUGACAAUGAGAAGAUGUUCGUCCGCUUUGACAUGUCUGAAUAUGCUGACAGUGGAUCUGUGGCGCGCCUCAUUGGAGGACCUCGAAGCUAUGAAGAAGAUGGACAGCUUACUGAUAAAGUAAGGAGCCAACCAUAUAGCAUUGUUCUUUUUGACGAGGCGGAUAAGGCGCAUCCCUCGAUAUUCAAGGUUCUCAUUCAACUCCUCGAUGAUGGCAUGUUGAUUGAUGGAAAAGGACGGAGCGUAUAUUUCAAGAAUACUAUCAUCAUCAUGAGCUCAAAUCUAGGAGCAGAGAAUCUGUUAGCUGGAAUGGCCGCAGAAAACAUGGAAACUGCACGGGAUCUUCUUAUGGAAAAGGUUGAGAAACGGUUCAAGCCUGAAUUCAUCAACAAACUGAGUGAGACUGUGAUAUUUGAGCCGCUUUCACAUGAGGAACUGAGGGAGAUUGUGAAAAUCCAGAUGAAGAGUGUUGUUGCCAUGGCAGCUAACAAGGGCAUCUCUCUGUUUGCAUCAGAUGCUGCCUUGGACGUCAUUUGGUCAGAGUCGCACGACACGGUGUAUGGCGCAAGGCCUAUUAAGAGGUGGAUGAAGAAGAAUGUGACGAGAGUUCUCGUGGACAUGCUUGUCAAUGGAGAAGCAUGCCAAGGAUCGACCGUCUUCAUAGAUGCCGCCGAUGAUAGGAAGGGGCUGAAAUACCACGUACUGAAGUAGCAGGAGGUGGCAGAUCUACCAGUCGAGGCCAGCUAUGAUUUUUU